UGAACAUAAUGGAACAGAGAUUAGGCUACAUUGUUGCGACCGCUGUCAUCCAAUGACCAUUCUCACCACCCCAGUCAGAUUAGAUAAGAAGCCUAGGCUAUGUUCAUCGGGGAAGGCUAGUGUAAUCCCUAUUAUUAUCGAAACCGAAAAUUAAAUAUUAGGCUAUAGGCUGUAGCUUCCAUUAUAAUGGGACAAUCAUUUGUCUUAUAGUUUUCUAGUGCAUUUACCACCGACAUUUCGCACAGACUACGGUUUGAAAGCAGUUUUGCAUACCAUAAAUAGCUCGUGAGCACCGUUAGCCUUGUAAACAAACCUCACCUCUCGCAAUGUGCGAGAUUUGAAGCUAUUGAACGGCGCCUCGACAAUGAAGGAGAGAGUAUGGUUAAAUGUUUGUUUUCAACGCAAAGUGUAACGUUUCUUUACAGUCGGCCACAAAUAGCCUUUAUCUACGAAAAUUAGAUGUCAAAGUGAAAUUGCGGGGGACAAAGGAAGUCAGAACUUGGCCUAAUGACAUUCACGAGGACAAAGAGAGAAUGGAAACCCUUGGAGGAUCGAAGUUGCACGGAUUUGCCGUGGUUCCUUUUAUUUACUGUUUUCUGUGUCGGAAUGGGGAGUAUCUUUGGGUUCACCAUUGCCACAGGGGGCGCAGCCCGCCUGGUCUUCGGAUAUGACAGCUACGGAAACACCUGCGGCCAGCGCAAUGAGCAGAUUGAAGGGGUCAGACUGAGUGGACUGGAUCAGACGGACAAAAAAUACGUGUUCUUCCUGGACCCGUGUAACAUUGACAUAGUGCAGAGGAAGAUCAAGUCCAUGGCCCUGUGUGUGUCUGUGUGUCCUGAUGAAGAGCUGAAGACGUACCAGGACCUCAAGCGGUUUGCCGUGCACAACGGGUCGGAGCUGUGCUCCUACGAGCUAGCCGGCCACAAAUAUCCCAGCCUUCCAGAGAGGUUUGACAAAUGUCCCAAACUUCCAGUUCCACCAAGUAAAUCUCUCCCGGUGUUUAACCGCUGCACGCCGGUGGACAUCUCCUGCUAUGCCAAGUUUGCUGAGGCUGUGGUGACGUUUGUGAGUGACAACAGCGUGCUGCACAGUCUGAUCGCUGGUGUGAUGGCCAGCAAGGUGAUCAUCGUGGGCCUCUGCCUGCUGGCACUAGUGCUCUCCAUGAUCCUGAUGGUGAUCAUCCGCUACAUCUCUGCUGUGCUGGUCUGGAUCUUCACUGCCACGGUAGUCCUGGGCUCUCUGGCGGGCACAAGCAUCCUGUGGUGGAUGUACAUAGACUACCGGUUAACUGUCAACAAGACCCUAUCUAAAGAGACUGAAGAUGCUAAGGAGGAAGCUGAGAUGUCCAGGGACAAUGCCCAGGUGCUGCUGGUAUAUGCCAUCGCUGCCACCGUAUUCACAGUGAUCCUUCUCCUGCUGAUGCUGUUCAUGAGGAAGCGCGUGGCGCUGACCAUCGCCCUGUUCCACGUGGCCGGCAAGGUGUUCAUCCACCUGCCGCUGCUCACCCUGCAGCCCUUCUGCACCUUCCUGGCCCUGCUCCUCUUCUGGUUCUACUGGAGUCUGGUGCUGCUCUUCCUCGGGACCACCGGGAAUCCGGUCCAGAACGAGGAGACUGGUCUGACAGAGUUCCGGCUGACUGGGCCUCUGCAGUACAUGACGUGGUACCACGCUGUGGGCCUCAUCUGGAUCAGUGAGUUCAUCCUGGCCUGCCAGCAGAUGACUGUAGCUGGGGCUGUGGUCACGUACUACUUCACAAGGGACAAGAACAAGUUGCCGGUGACGCCCAUCCUGUCGUCAUCGUUGAGGCUGAUGAGGUACCACCUGGGCACUGUGGCCAAGGGCUCCUUCAUUAUCACCCUGGUCAAGAUCCCACGCCUCUUCCUCAUGUACGUCCACAACCAGCUCAAGGGCAAGGAAAAUGCAUGUGCUCGCUGCAUGUUGAAGACCUGUAUCUGCUGCCUAUGGUGUUUGGAGAAGUGCCUCAACUAUUUGAAUCAGAAUGCGUACGCGGCAACAGCCAUCAACAGUACCAGUUUCUGUACGUCGGCGCGCGACGCCUUUGUGAUCCUGGUGGAGAACGCUCUAAGGGUUGCGGCCAUCAACGCUGUUGGAGACUUUGUCCUUUUCCUUGGCAAGAUCCUGAUCGUGACGUCCACAGCGUUCGCCGGUGUACUGCUGCUUAACUACCAGCGGGACUACGCAGAGUGGGUCCUCCCCCUCAUCAUUGUCUGCCUCUUUGCCUUCCUGGUGGCCCACUGCUUCCUGUCCAUGUUCGAGAUCGUGGUGGACGUGCUCUUCCUCUGCUUCGCCAUCGACACCAAAUACAAUGACGGCACACCGGGCAGAGAGUUUUACAUGGACAAAGCCCUGAUGGAGUUUGUGGAAAACAGCAGGAAGCUGGAGCGGGUGGCAGAGCGAGGGCGGAGCCGGGCCACUGAGGUGGUGUCGGUGGAGGGGGCGGAGAUGAAGCCCAUGGUGAGUGAGAGCGGAGGGGGCGGCGACUUGGGCGGAGAAACUGAGGCGGUGGGCUGGGGCUUGGAUGGAGGCGGGGGAGAGUGGGAGGAGCUGCAGGAGUUCCAUGUGUAUUACCUCCUAGCAGGGGUGCUGGUGGACUGGGCCCUGGGGGAGCAAAGUACUGUGGUCCCCUUGAUCCUCUGCCUGACUGAGGACAUGGUCCUCUUCUUCUUCGUCUACCUGCCCACCUCCACACUCUUCCUCUUCGCCACGCUGCUCCAGAAACCCUCCCCCGCUGUCGUGCCUCAGCCACAACCGAAGCCAACUAAACCGUCUUCUUCUCAUGCUAGCUAACGCAUGCUAUCUAAUGCACAACCACGGCAUCCCCCUCACCCUCAUCUCUACUAACUAUUCAAUCCCUUUCAGUUUUUUUCUCGCCUGUCAUCUCCUGGCUAUCUUGAACCUGAAGUGUACAUUUUGUUCGUUUUUUGUUGCCUUUUCAUCUCCAUGGUGCUUUUUGGUAGAGAAUGACAUGUCUGGUAGUGCAGAUAAUCAGCUGUCAGCUUAGAAAGAGGGGGGAAUGAACACAAAGGAACUGUACGAAAUGAACAGUCCCCCCCCAAAGUAAACAGCAGUGAGCAACAACAAGGGCAGUUUUUAUUCUGCAAUGCUAAAAGGGACCGAUGGGGAGAUAGAUGUAUGACUCAUAUUUCCCGUCUAAUGUACCGUGCUACUGGAUUUCCUGCCGGAAUUAUUUAGACAGCUGUUAGGAGCUACUGAAGUUGCCAACUCUGUUUACUUGUAGAUUUGGCCUUUCCUUAUCUCCUAGAUACACUCAGAUAGCAUUAUGGGUCAAAUUAAUAUUGUAAUUUGGUAGUUAUAGAGGUAGUAUCUCCCCCAAUAGUUUAAAGUAAUAAGCUAUGUGUAUUUGUCAUAAUGCACAAUCAGUGUUGAUAACAGCAGCAAUUCAGCUUUUACACAAGGAUACACAGGUGUUUCCCUCAGCCCUCCUCUGAAUGUCCAGCCUUCAGGGCACAAGAUGGACCCCCUCACCAUUCCACUGCAUGGUGUCCAUUUUCUGUAACUUGUCCAUUUUUUAAAAUUAUUUUGGAAAUGGAUCUAACCCUCUUUUUGACCCAUUCCAUAUUUUUUUUAAAGACUGCAUGCGAUACUGUGAAUGGAGUAAUAACACUUGAAUAACUUUGCUUUCCAGGCUCCAGGAACAAGUUCAGCUUGACCAAAAUCAACUAAUGGAACUUUUUAAAAAGACAUUCCAAAAUGUUUAUUUUUACCAAUGUGUAACAUGUUUACUAUGGUUUCACUCCAGGGAAUACAAUAUUUUAAUAAGAAACUGUAAAAAAAAACAACAACAAAAAAACACUAUGUAAUGAAGCACUUUAUAUUGAAGCCCUGCAUAUUUUAAAAGGCUGAUGCAUUUUUCGUAGUGAUGUCCUUUUUUAUAAGACUAAAAAAAUGAUUGCCAUCUAGUUGAACACAGUACUAAAAUGUAUUGAAACACUUUGGGUUGGACAUUUGUCAUGCAAUGAUAUAGCACUUAGAUGUGUGUUUUUAAUCAACCACUGAAACUUAAGUACGUUAGACUCACGUUUGCAUUUGAAUUGUGCGCCAUAAGAGUUUUUGUUUUGAAAGUAGGUGUAUUUUUACCAGAGUGCAGCAUACUUCUGAAAGGUCGUUGUCCCCCCCCACCCACCCCCAAGGCUGGCUGUGAUUAUUUUUUUACAUUUUUGGGAUGUACAGAAACAGAGGAUGCGAUCAUACAUCUGUGUGUAACAGCAGGGGGAAGACUACUUCUAGUUCCCAUGGUCUGGAGGGACUCAGAGAGAAAGUUACUGCCGAUUGGAAGUGUAUCCCCAUUAUACCUAGACACUUCUUCUUAGAUAUACAAGGGACCAUGAGAAGUUUCUAGGUGUUGGGACUAGGGCUGCGGCGGUCAUGAAAUUUUGUCAGCUGGUCUCAUGGUAAUUGACCGUUAAUUAACAUGAACAUGUUUAGCAUCUCCUGGCUUCCAUGCAUAGCCUACAAGCCACUGAUGCAGUCCUUUGGAACAUACAUUUAAAAAAAAGUAUAAAUCUAUUUAAUAUAGCCUACAGGUCUAAAUAAACAUGAUACAAAGAAAAUGUAGUCUAUUUCAGAAGAACAGAAUAGCAUACUCUGAAUUGUCCUUAUGUUUGGCCCCGAUCUGGCUAUGCUACACUUCACUAGUGUACCUACUAGGUACUAAGGGUUCAUUUCUUUGAAUUGGACUUGACAUUAACAGAGAACAAUCCAGAAGGCUGCAAAGUCUGUUGCUUUUCUUAGAACUCAACCAAUUGUGCCCUAGUCUAUUGAUUCACGUGGUUUAUUCAUCAAACCAGUCAGUCUUUAUUUGGAUCGAUGGACAUUUGACCUAAUUGGAGUCCUCUUCCACUGUUGUGGGAAGUCUCAGUAGAAAGCAAACUCAGACUUUGUAGCCCUCAAGCAAUAACGCAACACCGUCAGUAUUUACCACUACAAAAAUGUCUUCCUGCUUGCACUACAGUUUUUCAAGACAAACGGUCCUGGCAUAGCGAUAGCAUCUCUGUGAUGUUAGGUGAGGGGGACACAAACUCGCACUUUGCCUUAACCGGUUCCAUAGGCUGCGCCCACUAUGUUAUUGGUUAGUAAUGUGACUCGCAUAAGUGUAUAAUGGGGGUAGAAGUGCUGUAAGCCUUAAAGUCCCCUCUUCUUUUUGCAGUAGAUUUGUGUAUUUGAUACCCAGAGCACUGAAUCCAUCGACACGACUGAAGAACAACUGUCCCCCCCUUGUUUUGAUUGAUUGAUUGAUAUAAGUCAGAAAAUGCUACCUUUUUUGUUUAUGUGAAGGGGUUCAAAAUGGUAUGAAUUGCACAUUAUGAUGUAUGCCGUUAUUUUGUAAUGGGAGUUUAAUAAUGUGUUGACAAGACUGAAUAGUAUUCUGAAAUUAAGUGAUCCUGGUGGAUAUUUUCAAUGUUGUUGAAAGGAGAGGUGGCUGUGACUGUUUACACAACCUUUUGAUUUUCAGCCUCGUGUGAGCGAACAAGCGCCAGCCGUCCUUCACAAAAACAAUGUUUCAAGAUAGGAAAACUAAAGUAUUUUGGUAAGCUUUUCUCCGGGUAUACACUAGGAUUUUCCCAGGAAAUAUUAAGAGCAUGCAUGUGAAGGUCAAACCGAAUUGUCCUUGCCACAUAAAUCUAAUGCGCAAAGCAUGUUAAGAAUUGAAUACCACUUUCAACACAGAUCAAUUUAAGAUAUCUGUUAAAAUAGUUAAAUGUCUAGCUUGGUCAGUCAGUACAAUUUAGAGCUUUUUCAGAGGACAGAACUUUCCCAAGUGAGCAAACUUGCCCUAAAAGAUGCCUAGUGCAAUCAAUGAAUCCACUUAUGACACAGGGCAUACUACUGAUAACUUUGCAAUUAUCUGGGUAUGUGUCCAUUAUAGAAGACAAAGCUUAUGCCCUAGGGACACAUUACAUCGGGCACUACCAGUCAUAACCCACGCUGUUCUGUUUGCCAAACUCGACCAGUCAACGCACACAAUAGGAAACUCAAACACUGACAACUUGGACAGAGACAUUGUUGUGCAAAAUGGGGGAACACUGAUGGUGUGUUGAUUUUCAGUUCUGGUUUAUUUUUCUUUCAAACAUUUUUAUUCGUCUGUAAAGCAAGCUGUUCCGCCAACAGCGGAGACGCGAUGCUUGAUUUGUCAGCUUCUAUUGCCGCGCGUAGGAAAGCCCUACUACUUGGAAGAGCCAGUAUUGUUAAAGCCAGUAGCUACUCAAAACGAUGGACCAUAAACAUCCUGCAUGUUUUCCGUCCCGGUUUUAUUCUCGCUCCCUUUUUAGAGCGGGCCCUCAAUAUGUUGGGUGUGAAUAUUACGGCAUUAGAUCCACGUGACUUAACACUGACUUUACUGAUAGAACAAUAGCUUUACUCAGCAACAAAGCCACUGUUUUUCGAGAUGAGUCAACCUCUUCUUCGUUCUUGGAAACAAACUGCGCGUCUAUUCUUGUCACACAGGAAUGGACAAUUCCUAGAAACCGAUACUGUUAUGAAUAGGUAACACAUCAGUUUAAUUGUCUGGUAACACUAGCUUUUAGCUACUUCUCUGCGGUAAGGUUGUUUAACAUUGGACAAUGUUUGAUUUUUAUAUUUAUUAUUUAUGUAUAUUUGUUAAAGAUAAAGGUAAUAAAUUGGAAAAUGUA